AUGGCGUGGUCAACGUCUCAGCGAGGAAUCGCUCGAUUAAUGCUCUAUGCGAUCGGAGUGAUUGUCAUUAUUAGUCUCAUUUUCUGGUCUCAUCCCUUUGCCUCCGCAACGGCGCCUGGUAGCGCGGGUUUACAGCACAAUGAGGGCUCUAACCACAUUACUGCUAUCACGAAUACCACUCUGGGGGUACAAAAAAUCUUCGCCAUCAGCCUUCCCAGUCGGCUAGACAAGCGCGACAACAUUGUCCUGGGCUCAUCACUGAGCGACUUUGAUGUCGAAUUCAUCGACGCAAUUACCCCUGAUGAGAUCAACCCAAAAACAUAUCCGUUUAACUGGAACUUUGACCACCGACCGGUUGAGUAUGCUGCUCGGCGAAGCCACCUCAAUGCGUUGCAAAAGACUGUCCACGAAAGACUUGGCAGCACAAUAAUAAUGGAAGAUGACGCAGACUGGGACGUCUCUGUGAAAGCUCAACUCCAAUCCUUCGCGCUUGCAGUCCGCGCCCUCCAAUCCACAGAUCCCUCAUCACAAACAAACCCAGACUCCCACUCGAACUCACCCUACGGAAAUGACUGGGACAUCCUCUGGCUUGGCCACUGCGGCGUAGAAUGUAACCCCUCCCACCCCUCCUACCUAACCCCCAACGACCCCACAAUCCCGCCCCCACACCACUUCCUCCCCUACUGGCGCGACGAACCACCACAGAACCGCCCCAACACAUCCCGCUUAACCUGCCCCAUCAUCGACGGAGUGUGCUCCCUCCUCUACGCCGUCUCCCUCCGCGGCGCACAACGCAUCCUCUCCGCGCUCUCCGUGAACCCAUCGCAUCUCGCCGCGGACAUCGACACGGGCGCGCAGUUCGACGUCUCGUUGGGGAGACUGUGUGGGAGUGGAUAUCUGAAAUGCUUCGCGCCGUAUCCGGCGCUUACGGGCGGGUAUAGACCUGCUGGGGCGAAGGGGAAGGGGUCGGAUAUUAAUGGGGAUCAGGGGGAGGUGGGCAGGCCGUUUGAGGGGGAUGUCGAGGGGGCGGUUAGCCAUGGGGUCUUGUAUAGUACGUUGUUGAAUGUGGAGAGGCUGUUGAGGGGGGAGACAACAGUCAAGGCAACGUGGGAGGAUGUUGAAGUUGGUGAGGUGGAGAUUGGAGAGGUGGAGGUUCUUGAAGGGAGUGUGCAGCCGCCGGUAAAGAAUUGA